GUACAAUUUGUGAGUAUACGAUUCCGGUGAAGUUGGGUAUGUUUACUCGUUUUAUAGCACUACAGUUUUAUGUAUAAUGAUGACACGAAUAUAAAACAUAAUACGAGUAUAAUAAUAAUGUAAGUGUAUAAAAAAGUGAUUCAUAAGUUUUCUGAAAAAUGGAAUUUACUAGUCCGAAAAUAUGUGCUGCACUGAUCGUAAGCCUCUGUUGCUUGGGCGUUGUCGGACAAUACGAAUGGCAAGCUAGAGAUGCUUAUGACGAAGUUCGUCUACGAAUGGAUAAAAUCACCAAUAACAAUUGCCCAAUUCAACAUCUUGGAGACCUCUAUUUACCAGAAGAUACAGUUUCCCAUUUACCAGACAUUAAAGAUAUUAAUAUCAAUCCUGUUUUCCCAAACAGAACUGCUCUGUUACAUCUUCAUAACAUGGCCCUUAGUAGAUCAUUUUUUUGGAGUUAUAUUUUACAAUCACGUUUUAUACGUCCAGCCAUCAAUGAUACAUAUGAUCCAGGCAUGAUGUAUUAUUUCUUAUCAACAGUCGCAGAUGUUUCAGCAAAUCCAUAUAUAAAUGCUUCUGCUAUUUAUUUCUCUCCAAAUAUGUCCUAUUCGCCAUCAUAUAGAGGCUUUUUUAACAAAACCAUGCCCAGGUUUGCUCCAAGAACUUUUAGAGCAGAUGAUUUUAAUGAUCCAAUACAUUUGGAAAGAAUAUCUACAAGAAAUACAUUCAAUGUUAAAGACCUAGGAGCAUUUCCUAGCGAUAGUCUUGCUGAUGAUUAUACAACAGAUUAUUAUCGUAUAAAUGAAUGGUACAAGAAAUGGUUGCCAGAUAAUGUUGAAAAAAGACACGAUACCAAAACUACUUAUCAAGUUGAAAUUCGAUAUGCAAACAAUACUAACGAAACAUUUACAUUUCACGGGCCACCAGGUGCGGACGAAUACCCUGGACCUGUAAAAUGGACUAGACCGUAUUUUGAUUGCGGUAGAUCGAAUCGAUGGCUUGUGGCAGCAAUUGUGCCUAUCGCAGAUAUUUAUCCGAGACAUACAGGAUUCAGGCAUAUAGAAUAUCCGACAUAUACCGCUAUAUCGGUAAUAGAAAUGGAUUUUGAAAGAAUUGAUAUAAAUCAGUGUCCUAAAGGAAAAGGAAAUAGUGGUCCGAAUAGAUUUGCAAAUACUGACAGAUGUAAAAAGGAGACUACUGAGUGUGAACCAUUGCAUGGUUGGGGUUUUCGAAGAGGAGGAUAUCAGUGUAGAUGUAAGCCGGGUUAUAGAUUGCCGAAUGUAGUGCGGCGUCCCUAUUUAGGAGAAAUUGUAGAAAGAGCAACUCAAGAACAAUACUACAAUGGAUUUGACUGUACCAAAAUAGGAUGGAUUCAUAAGAUGCCCGUACAAUGGGAAAAAGCAAAACCAUAUGUCAGAGAAAAGUACCUUGAGCAAUUCUAUCAUUAUAGAAAUUAUUCUACUGGACCAGAGUCACUAAGAUCUGAGAAAACUAAUAUAGAUCAAGCUCUGAAAUUUAUUUUAAAUGUAAAUUCGAAAACUUGUAAAAGUUACACAUCAGAAGAGUUAAUGUUGCGGGGAGACAUAAGCUUUGGCGCGAAAGAAUUCUUUGAGAACGAAGCAAGAAUGGCAACUAGAUUGGCAAAUUUUAUUAGCGCGUUUCUACAAAUUUCUGACCCCCAUGAAGUUUAUUCGGGUAAAAGGGUAGCAGACAGGCCGCUUACCGAAGAUCAAAUGAUCGGAGAGACUCUAGCUUUAGUGUUAGGAGACACUAAAAUAUGGGCUGCCGAAACACUUUGGGAUCGUGAUAAGUUUACAAAUAGAACGUUUUUCGCCCCGUAUGCGUACAAAACUCAGUUAAAUACACGAAAGUUCAAAGUCGAAGAUUUAGCUAGACUGAAUAAUACAGAUAAGGUAUACACGAAAAAGAAUUAUUUCCGAUUAUCAAAAGACAGAUGGGCCACGAAUUUUGAAGAAUUAGAACAUUAUUAUAUGAAAAUAAAAAUUAGAUAUAACGAAACUGGUGAAUAUUUAAAAAAAUAUGAACAUUACCCGAACUCAUAUAGGGCAGCAAACCUGAAUCAUGGUUACUGGACAGCCCCGUACUUUGAUUGCAACGGCAAAAUGAAGAAAUGGGUAAUUACUUAUGCAUCCCCAUUUUUCGGCUUGGACAGUUUGAAAGAGAAACUGGAAUUCAAAGGUGUUGUAGCUGUUACCAUGGAUCUACUUCAGCUUGACAUCAACCAGUGUGACGAUGAGUUUUACGUGCCGAAUGCGUUUAAGGGUACUCAUAAAUGCGACAGAAAAACCUCAUACUGUGUACCGAUUCUUGGCAGAGGUUUCGAAACAGGCGGAUACAAAUGCGAAUGUAAACAAGCUUUCGAAUAUCCAUUCGAAGAUCUAAUCACGUAUUACGAUGGUCAGUUAGUGGAAGCCGAAUUUAAUAAUUUAGUUAACGAUCAAGAAACUAGGUACGACAUGUUCAAGUGUCGAUUAGCCAGUGCCUCGUCGAUUCAAGCCAAUUGGGUAUUGAUGUCCCUAUCGAUAAUAUUAUAUUAUUUUGCUAAAAGUAAUUCGUUUCUUAUAGUGACAUCGUAGAAACGCGAUGUGCUAUAAAUACUGCCUUUUACGAUAAAUCGAGUUUUAUAAAUUUACAGAUUAAUAUUAGUAUACCGCAGUUCACCAGAGUCCAUAACUGCGACGCGCAGGUUGGAAGAUGGUGGGGGAACGUAGCGAGCUCUCUGCUAAUCGCUUUCCACUUCGUU